UGGGAUUCGAUCCUCCUUCUGGGGCAUCCCACAUCCGGCCGCUCGGCCGUCGCACCCGGUCAUGGCGUGGAUCAGCUCUGCGGUGACGACCUAUGGACGGACGGCCGAGCCCAGCCAGGCCUGGCCUGUGGCGGAAGAGGACUUGAACCUGCAGGCGGUGAAGCAGCUGAAGAAGACCUUCGUCUUCUGCGGCAUCCUCACCUUCGCCUCCAUCGCCUUGGGCUUUCUGGGCCGGUCCCUGGACUCCCCCUGGAAGGAAUUGGUCAUGACCAGUGGCUUCGCGCUGAUCCCGAUGAUGGUGUGGAUGUCCAUUUGCAGGUCGCUGCCGAGACUGCAGACCACCGAGCGGGUGGAGCAGCGAGUGUGGGCUCCCGCGCUGUUUAAGGAGCUCGACGAGCUCAAGUUCAUGUCGGUGCAGGUCACCGCCCGGCGGCCUGCACCUUCCGUGAAGAUCCUAGGGGAAGCUGAGCUCCCGGCGCAUGCGGAGCCGCGGGCGUCGAAUGUGAGGAGCUCGGUGGUCGGCACGAGCUGCAGCUGUUGCCUCGGGGAGUUUCAACAAGAGGACUCGGUGGCAGUGCUGUACUGCGGCCACGUCUUCUGCGAGCUGUGCAUCGCCCAGUGGUCGGUGUCCGGCCACGCGCUGGCGAGGAAGUGCCCGGUCUGCCGCCGGAGCUUUGUGCGCCUGACGCCGUACUUCUUCGUGCAGACCAAGCGCAGUGGCUCAGGCUUGGAGACCAUGCGGGACAUCCUGCAGCAACGCUUCGAGCAAGAGGGUGUGGUCGCCAGCAUCGUGGAGAAGGAGGAUUUGGCGCUGGAGGACCACCUGGUGGGCCGCAAGCGUGGCCUGGUGAAGCUGUCCUUCCAGAACACCGAGGGCAUGAACCGGGCGCGGAUGAACCUCUUUCAGGAGAUGCGCGGCAAGAGGACGCCCAACUCCCCCCUGCCCUGCCAUCUGCCUGCCUUGGCACGCGCGAUGCCGGGCACGAACUGCCAGAAAGCGAUCCAGCUGUGGUCCGAGAAGAAUGCAGGGGGAAAUCCGGAGGAAGCUGAAGUGGUGAAGCUUUUGUGCAUGAGCCCACCCAUUGAGAAGAUGGACAGCUCCCUGAACCAGCUGGUGAACGUGAGGCACCUGUCCUUGUCGACCAACUGCAUCGACAAGAUGAUCUCUUUGCCCGCCCUGAAAAACAUCGAGAUCUUGUCCCUGGGCCGGAACCUCAUCAAGAAGAUCUCAGGUCUUGAGGAGAUCGGCUCCACCCUGAGGGAGCUUUGGAUCUCCUAUAACCAGAUCUCCACGCUGGACGGCCUCGCUCCCUGCGUGAAGCUCACGACCCUCUUCAUCUCCAACAACAAGAUCAAGGACUGGCCGGAGCUGGACAAGCUGCAGGCCAAUCAGGAUCUCAGCAACCUCAUGGUCUUCGGGAAUCCGAUCUAUGAAGGCCUUACGCGGAAGCAAGCCCGGCCGAAGGUGCUGGAGCAUCUUCCAAAGAUCGCGACUUUGGAUGGAGAGCUGCUGACGGGAGACGAUGAUGAUGGGGGCGAGGAAGCAGAGUGA